UGUCAAUGACGUGAACAUCGACGCUUGGCCUCAAAGACACUCGACUAGGUAUACUCCAUAUCUCAAAUGUUAAUGACUACGCAUAUACCUACAAUAUAGACAUCACGUUAUAAAAUGGCGUGCCGAAGCUGCAGAAGGCAGCUCGCUCUGCUUAUGCGACAAACAACUACGGCCACAGAAUUCCAAAAUGUCGCUAUAUUACGCCAGUUCGUCGCUACUAGACCUCCUCGGUUGGACCAACGAAGGAAUUUCGGGAGCACUCCCCGCCAAUUAGGCGUUCGCGAUAUCAUCGCUCAAGUAUUCAAGAAUUCGGCUGAGCCUUACCGGGUGGUUCAAGCUACUGAGCAUAUAUACAAAGCAUGCGCUCGCGAGGCGUCGUACACAAUAUCUGCGAAAGAUAGAACGGCCGGGACGAUACCUAAGACGGCGGAGGGCGAGGAUUUGGGCGAAGGGACGACGAUGUGGCACAACGAAUUCAAGCUCCCCCCAACCUUCAGCACAUGGUCGCAAGUCACGAUGCUGCACAUGUAUUUAAUCUUCGCUCGACUCCGCGACUUAGACCGAGAGGUGGCCCGAUCGUGGCAACGACAACUUAUAGAUCACUACUUCUUCGAUGCCGAAGAGAAGAUGGAUUUAGUCCACGGCAUAAGCUCUCGGGGUUUACGACAUCGAUACCUCAAAGACCUAUUUAUACAAUGGCGGGGUAUCAUAGCUGCUUAUGACGAAGGCGUUGUCAAGGGUGAUUCCGUACUGGCCUCCGCCGUCUGGCGUAACGUAUAUAAGGCGCGGGACGAUGUCGACGUGCGCGCGUUAGCUGCGAUCGUUAGUUGGAUGCGAUUAUGCCUUAAAAUGCUGGACCAGAUACCGGACGAGUCACUUUAUUUCCAGACCGAGUCUGUUUUCAAGUGGCCGGCCAAGAAUGAAUUCAUGCUCGUAGAUAAGCCGGUAAGGGAGCUCGAGGACGCGUUGCAACCAACAGUAACGAGUGCUCCCGCAAAAGCACCUGUGAAGGUUGCUGCGAAGGCUACCGCGUAGAUUUAGGUAUAGUUAUGGGAUAUGAUGACGGCAUGGAAUAGUAUCAUAAUGGAGUAUAAAAAAGAUUUGGCGAAAAAAAUGCGCCUUACAUGCGAUAAAAGUCACCAUUCUCAUUUUGAGAUUAUUCACUGU